GGUGCCGGGCAGCAGGCGGGCUGGCAGUCAGCUGCCCCGGCCGUCGCCUACCUCCCCGCCCCCCGGCUUCCUGCGGAGGCCGCGGUCGCCAUGUUGUUGUGGGGCUGAGGCGGCGUCACGGAGCCCGAGCGGCCGUGACAGGCUGCGCAACAGGUUCGCUGUCUGCGGCCUGGCGACGAGCGGGGCGGCGGCGGGGCUGCCGAGCAGGGUUUGCCGGCGACCGCCCGCGCCUGCCCUGCUGGGGCCACGGGGCACGGGGUCGCGCAGUGACGUGCGGGAGGCGCGGCGGGGCCGCCAGAUGGCUGAGAGCUAGGAAGGAAAAUUUAGGACCAUGAUGGCUCAGUUUCCCACAGCUCUGAAUGGGGGACCAAACAUGUGGGCUAUAACUUCUGAAGAACGGACUAAGCAUGACAAGCAGUUUGAUAACCUCAAACCCUCAGGAGGUUACAUAACAGGUGAUCAAGCACGUACCUUUUUCUUACAAUCAGGCCUGCCUGCUCCUGUUUUAGCUGAAAUAUGGGCUUUAUCAGACCUGAACAAGGAUGGGAAGAUGGAUCAGCAAGAAUUCUCCAUAGCUAUGAAACUCAUCAAACUAAAGCUUCAAGGCCAACAGUUGCCCAUGGUUCUCCCCCCUAUUAUGAAACAGCCUCCUAUGUUCUCUCCAUUAAUUUCUGCUCGUUUUGGAAUGGGAAGCAUGCCCAACCUGUCCAUUCCUCAGUCAUUGCCUCCAGUCACUCCUAUGGCAACACCCUUGUCCUCGGCAGCGUCAGGGACCGCCCUCCCUCCCCUGAUGAUGCCUGCUUCCCUGGUGCCUUCUGUGAGCACAUCAUCAUUACCAAAUGGAGCUGCCGGGCUCAUCCAGCCCUUACCCAUUCCUUUCUCUUCUUCAACAUUACCUCAUACGUCAUCCUACAGUCUGAUGAUAGGAGGAUUUGGUGGUGCUAGUAUACAGAAAGCCCAGUCUCUGAUUGAUUUAGGAUCUAGUAGCUCAACUUCCUCAACUGCUUCACUCUCAGGGGACUCGCCCAAGACUGGGACCUCAGAAUGGGCAGUUCCUCAGCCUUCAAGAUUAAAAUAUCGGCAAAAAUUUAAUAGUCUUGACAAAAGCAUGAGUGGAUACCUCUCAGGUUUUCAAGCUAGAAAUGCCCUUCUUCAGUCAAACCUUUCUCAAACUCAGCUAGCUACUAUUUGGACUCUGGCUGACAUUGAUGGUGAUGGACAACUAAAAGCUGAAGAGUUUAUCCUUGCAAUGCACCUCACUGACAUGGCCAAAGCUGGACAGCCAUUGCCACUGACUUUACCUCCAGAGUUUGUGCCUCCGUCUUUCAGAGGAGGAAAGCAAAUUGAUUCCCUUAAUGGAACUCUGCCUUCAUAUCAGAAAAUACAAGAAGAGGAACCUCAGAAAAAACUACCAGUUACUUUUGAGGACAAGAGGAAAGCCAACUAUGAGCGAGGGAACAUGGAGCUGGAGAAGCGGCGCCAAGCCCUGAUGGAGCAGCAGCAGAGGGAGGCGGAACGCAAAGCCCAGAAAGAAAAGGAAGAGUGGGAACGCAAACAGAGAGAGUUCCAGGAACAAGAGUGGAAGAAACAACUUGAACUAGAGAAGCGCUUGGAAAAGCAGAGGGAGCUCGAGAGACAGAAGGAGGAAGAAAGGAGAAAAGAGAUUGAGAGACGAGAGGCAGCAAAACAGGAACUUGAAAGACAACGUCGUUUAGAAUGGGAAAGGAUUCGUCGACAGGAGCUUCUCAACCAGAGGAAUAGAGAACAGGAAGAAAUUGUCAGGUUAAACUCUAAAAAGAAGAGUCUUCAUCUUGAGUUGGAAGCCCUGAAUGGCAAGCAUCAGCAGAUCUCAGGCAGACUUCAGGAUGUCCGACUCAGAAAGCAAACUCAAAAGACUGAGCUGGAAGUUUUAGAUAAGCAGUGUGACCUGGAAAUUAUGGAAAUCAAGCAACUUCAACAAGAACUUCAGGAAUAUCAAAAUAAGCUCAUCUAUUUGGUACCAGAGAAGCAAUUAUUAAAUGAAAGAAUUAAAAACAUGCAACUCAGUAACACAUCUGAUUUAGGUAUCAGUUUACUUCAUAAAAAAUCAUUAGAAAAGGAAGAAUUAUGCCAAAGACUUAAAGAACAACUAGAUGCCCUGGAAAAAGAAACUGCAUCUAAGCUGUCUGAAAUGGAUUCAUUUAACAAUCAACUGAAGUGUGGGAAUAUGGAUGACUCUGUUCUUCAGUGCCUUUUGUCUCUGCUAAGCUGUCUCAACAACCUCUUCCUCUUACUUAAGGAACUGAGAGAAAGCUACAAUACACAGCAGUUAGCCCUUGAGCAACUUCAUAAGAUCAAACGUGACAAGUUGAGGGAAAUUGAAAGAAAAAGAUCAGAGCUAAUACAGAAAAAGAAAUUGGAAGACGAGGCUGCAAGGAAAGCAAAGCAAGGAAAAGAAAACUUAUGGAGAGAAAGUCUUAAAAAGGAGGAAGAAGAAAAACAAAAGCGACUCCAGGAAGAAAAAGCACAAGAAAAGGUUGAAGAAGAGGAUCGGAAAGCCAAGGAGAAACAAUGUGAGCCAGCUGGUGCUUUGGUGAAUUACAGAGCAUUAUAUCACUUUGAAGCAAGGAACCACGAUGAAAUGAGUUUUAAUUCUGGGGAUAUAAUACAGGUUGAUGAAAAAACCAUAGGAGAACCUGGUUGGCUUUAUGGUAGUUUUCAAGGAAAUUUUGGCUGGUUUCCAUGCAAUUAUGUAGAAAAAAUGCCAUCAAGUGAAAAAUCUGUGUCUCCUAAGAAGGCCUUACUUCCUCCUACAGUAACUUUAUCUGCUACCUCAACUUCUGAAUCACUUUCAUCAAAUCAACCAGCAUCAGUGACUAAUUAUCAAAACGUAUCUUUUUCAAACUUAACUGUUAAUACAUCAUGGCAGAAAAAAUCAGCUUUUACCCGCACUGUCUCCCCUGGAUCCGUAUCACCUAUUCAUGGACAGGGACAGGUUGUAGAAAACUUAAAAGCACAGGCCCUUUGUUCCUGGACUGCAAAGAAAGAUAACCACUUGAACUUCUCAAAACAUGAUAUUAUUACUGUCUUGGAGCAGCAAGAAAAUUGGUGGUUUGGGGAAGUACAUGGAGGAAGAGGAUGGUUUCCGAAGUCUUAUGUCAAAAUCAUCCCUGGGAGUGAAGUCAAGCGGGAAGAACCGGAAGCUUUGUAUGCAGCUAUAAACAAAAAACCUACCUCUGCAGCCUAUACCGUUGGAGAAGAGUAUAUUGCACUUUAUCCAUAUUCAAGUGUAGAACCUGGAGAUUUGACUUUCACUGAAGGUGAAGAAAUACUGGUGACCCAGAAAGAUGGAGAAUGGUGGACAGGAAGUAUUGGAGAUAGAACGGGAAUUUUUCCAUCAAAUUAUGUCAAACCAAAAGAUCAAGAGAGUUUUGGGAGUGCUAGCAAAUCUGGAACAUCAAACAAGAAACCUGAGAUUGCUCAAGUUACUUCAGCAUAUGUGGCUUCUGGUUCUGAACAACUUAGCCUUGCACCAGGACAGUUAAUAUUAAUUUUGAAGAAAAAUUCAAGUGGGUGGUGGCAAGGGGAGUUACAGGCCAGAGGGAAAAAACGACAAAAAGGAUGGUUUCCUGCCAGUCAUGUUAAACUUUUGGGUCCAAGUAGUGAAAGAACUACACCUGCCUUUCAUCCUGUGUGCCAGGUGAUUGCUAUGUAUGACUAUAUAGCAAAUAAUGAGGAUGAGCUAAAUUUCUCCAAGGGACAACUUAUUAAUGUUUUGAACAAAGACGAUCCUGACUGGUGGCAAGGAGAAAUACACGGGGUGACGGGUCUCUUUCCUUCAAACUAUGUUAAGAUGACGACAGACGCAGAUCCAAGUCAACAGUGACCCAAUGUUGUCUUCCAGUGUGAAAGCACCCCAGAGACCCACUAUCCAAGUUUGACUCUAGCGUGGAGGCAGGGCAGGCAGCCCUGAUCAAAUAUCUCCUACACAAUUCAUUAACUUCGUUUGAAUGUUAGAGCCACUUGUGAUUAUUUCUUUGUGUUUCUAAUUUACAGUUAAAAUUUAUUUGUAACAAGUUAAAGGAUAGUGGGUCUUUGUGUGGCUUUCCCUGCUGUUCACUCUGGCAUCCUUUAGCAUUUUUCUUCUUUUUUAAUUUGGUAAUUGUAGGUCAUUAGCAUGCAUAUUGAGUUUGCCCUCACAUGGUGGGAGUUCAAACACACAAAGACCCACUAUUUGCACAAACUGUUCUCGCUGGUUUGGAAUGGGCUGCCAUGCUUUACUAAUGUUACUGCAACACGUAUAGUCGUUACAGAGUUCAGAUAAAAUUUGCGUAUGUUUGCUAUUAUGUUUGAUCGAAUCCUAAUCACAGUGAGCUUUUAAUUGGUUUAAUAUGUGAUUUGUCCCCAAAAAAUGCACUGUUUACUCUCCUAGUUUCUCAUAUGCCAGUAUUUAAAUAUAUUUAAAGGCCAAGAACUGGAAAUAACCUUUUCUCUAUUUUCUGUGUAUUUCGGGGUGGGAGCAGUACACUUUGGGUAGCUUUUCUUAUCUCAUUGAAGAGGAAGGCAAUCUGCCACAGCAGUACGUGCACAGUGGGACGUGUUUCAUGUUUUAGCUGCCCGAGAAUGAGCAGCGUACUGUGGUAGUUCUCCCAGGAUCUGUGGGCUCAGGGCUAAUGAAGAGACUAUAUCUCAUGCUGCAGCAGUUAGUUGUUACAUCUGUACUGAUGACCUAAACAUGAAUUAUUUCUCAGGAAUGAAAGUCUCCCAUUGUUGACUGUGAGAUAUGAAACCUUCCCUAGCUAGAUAGAAUAUUCGUAUCUAUAACAUAUUUUAAAGUCAAAAUCCAUAUUAUCUAUUUUAAUUAGGUGACUAAAUUCCCCAGGUCACAAAAGGACACUGGUUGACAUUCUUCUUAAUAUAUUUAGUAAAAAUCAUAAGGAAUCCUUGCAGGGUUUUGAAUGCCUCUGAAGCAGGCAUACAGGCUCUGUCUAGUCAAGAAUGAAUUUGAGUUAAGGAGAGAUGUGUGAGUGCUGGCAUUCCUGCUGUAUGUCCUUGAAGCUGCUUUGAGGUUAGAAGAUUGAUUUUACUACCAGAAUUCGCUAACUAAUAUCUGCUCUUGAACCAUAUUGGCUACUUUGGCAUGGAACUUUACUUCUUUUCCUUGAAUGAAAACACUUUAAAGAUAAAAAUUAUUAUAAACUAAUAAAUGAGAAUACUUAGCUGAAACAAAAAGGGGUUUUAGUAGACAGUAUUAAAUUGUAUUUGAAAAUCAAUGAAGUGUAUGCAAUUUAAAAUGUUUACAGAUUGCAGUGCAAUCUACUGUUUAUGAAUGUCAAAGUAUUAUCAGGAAAAGUGUCCAUACAAUCAGAGUCUUAUUUCCUCACAGAGUUCUUUGAGGAGAGAGAAAUAUGUUUUUAUAUCUCUGAGUUUAGGUUAGAGGCAUAUUUUGUGCAAUAUUUAUGUUAAUGUGCCUAUACAUUAUGAAUGAAUAAUUUAGUCAUAUAUUGCCUAAAUCAUUUACAGCACUUGAGAAUCAACAGUUUAGCUAGAAUUUCACAAAUUUUAAAUGUCUGUUCCACAACACUUCACAUUAUUGGAAUGUAUGGUGAUUGUAUGUGUGCUCCCUGGAGUAGGGAUUUCUAGUUAGACAACCUCAGUUUUUAUCAUUUGAUGUUAUCAUGAUACUUUUAUAAAGUAUGACAUUAAUAGGAAAGCAAUAAUACACUUCACAGGUAGAAUAACAGAUUUGCCUGUAGUCAUGACAGGAGACAAUGCAAAGACUGAGUCCUUGUGAAUUCAGCUGAUCUUCCAAAUUGUACAGAUUACUUGAUCUUGCCUUUUAUUUUCUGAGCUUACUGCUUUUUCCCUCUUUAGUUGGGUUCAGAUUAAUCACAGUUACUUUACAUUUUAAACCCUGAGGUUAGAAAUCAAAACACUGUUAAUUAACCACACAACUUGACAUAACAUUUUCUCUCUAUAAUUUUUAAUUUGGGCUUGUCUAAUACACUGAUAAAUUAUUUCAAAGGUAUUUUUAUAAUUCAGAUAUCUUCACUUUUACACGGAUAAAAUAGAUUAUUAAGAAUGCCAUCCAGGUAGUGCUUAGCAUCUGCUAUCAAUUUGAAAAUAAUGUAUUCAUCAGGUACCUAUGGACUACAUCACAUUAUGGCAUAUUUAAGCUGAAUGUUUGGAAAAUAAAUUUACUGUAUUUACUGAACUGUCACUUCUUGGUGUAGGUAUUUUGCCAUAUAUUUGAGAGAAAGCUGAAAGUAAAGGAAAUUAUAUAACAUACAAUAAUAAUUAAGUCCUCUUAAAAAUGCAUGCACUUAGUCCUUUGCAGUACCUCACAGUCAGCCAUGUAUUUGCACUUGUCCUCACUCUGUGUAAGAGGCAUCUUUUAAUUUGCUUAGAAUGCAACAUUUGAAGGAGUUUAUCAGAAAAGUAGAAUUUAAAAAUGGGAAUAAACCAACCCCACAGAGGUAAAGAAUCAAAAUACCUAUUUAUUUAAAGAUUGCAGUAUGUGAUAAUAAUUUCUAAAGUAUGUUAUUAAAGGUAAUGGAUCUUCCAGCAAUGAAAAAAUCAGUCCUAAAACCAAGGCUGAUUUUUCAGAAAAUUUAAAUCAACUUCACAGUUGUAUAGUUUCCUAUACAACUUUAUUUUAAAGAAUCAUUUUAAAACAAUACAUUUUUUUAAUGUAACUGCUGUUGUUUUAAAAUAAAAUAUGAAUUCUGAUAGUUUAACAUAAAGACACUGGGGGAAGGGAAAGUAGAGAAAGAAAUGCCAGUUCCAGUCCAAAGCUUUAUUUGCCAAGUUGUCUUAGAAUAAAUUUUACCAAGUUACGAAGUCUUGUAAAUAGAAUCUGUAAUGGAAAUGCUGAGAGACUUUUGUCUAAAGUGGCAUUUUUGGACGCUGCUGUGAUGCUACUGUAAUGUAUAAAUUAUUAAAUUGUUGCAAAGUGCUGUUUUUUGCCUUAAAUUUUUAUUUUGUGUGUCUUGAAAAUAGUAUUAAAGGUAUGGAGAUUGUGCAAAUGCUGGGCACGCUUGGCAUGAGGUAAUCCAUUUUUAUUUUUACAAAAUUGUAAUAUAACUAUGCAAGUGUGUUUAUUAAAAGGACACAAACUACA